AUGCCGCAACCUCUCAAUUCGAAAGAGGCUUCCCUCUUUCGCGCCGUCAUCCGCGCCUAUGAGGACAAGCAGUACAAGCGCGGUCUCAAGUCCGCCGACCUCAUCCUCAAGAAGAACCCCAAACAUGGCGACACAAUGGCCAUGAAGGCCUUGAUCAUGAAUGCGCAGGGUAAGACAGAGGAGGCUUUUGCUCUGGGCAAGGAGGCUUUGACGGUGGACAUGAAGUCGCACAUCUGCUGGCACGUCUACGGACUUCUGUACCGCGCCAACAAGAACUUCGAGGAGGCUAUCAAGGCGUACAAAUUCGCUCUAAAGCUCGAGCCCGAGUCAACGCAGAUCCAGCGCGAUCUUGCCAUUCUUCAGGUGCAGAUGCGCGAUUAUGCCGGAUACAUCUCAAGCCGCACUGCCAUGCUGCAGGCCCGUCCCCAGCUGCGCCAGAGCUGGACUGCGCUGGCUAUCGCUCACCACUUGUCAGGUGACCUGUCCGCUGCCGAGAACGUCCUCACCACCUACGAGGGCACGCUCAAGUCCACGCCCUCCCGAAGCGACUACGAAAACUCCGAAGCCGUCAUGUACAAGAACACCAUCAUUGCUGAGCAGGGCGACUACCAGAGAGCUCUCGAGCAUCUCGAGAGUGCUGCCAAGCAUAACCUGGACAGGCUCGAGUAUUUGGAGCUGCGCGCCAAGUACUUGGUCAAGCUGGGCAAGAAGGAGGAGGCGAUUGCCGCAUGGCAGGCUCUCGUUGAGCGCAACGCUGACCGCCCUGCUUACUUUGAGGGCCUGGAGAGCGCUCACGCCUUUUCCGACAGUGAUGCGGCUGCCAGAAAGGAGAUUUACGAGAAAUACGCCAAGAAAUUCCCCCGUUCGGAUGCUCCUCGCCGCCUACCCCUGAACUUCUUGUCUGGUGACGACUUUAGUGCUGCAGCAAAGGAAUACUUGACACUCAUGUUUAACAAGGGUGUUCCGUCGACUUUUGCCAACCUGAAGCACUUGUACUCCGACUCCACUAAGAAGGAAGCUCUCGAAGCUCUCGCUCAGGACUACCUCAAGUCGAGCUCGAACUCGGAGGCAACCAACGGCGAUCGCUCAAAGGGAGAGGCUGCGGCUCUUUACUUCCUUGCCCAACACUACAACUACCACCUCAGCCGUGAUCUUACCAAGGCUCACGAAUACGUCGACAAGGCUAUCGAGAAGGUCCCCGAUAGCGUCGACUUCACUAUGACCAAGGCCAGGAUAUGGAAGCACCAGGGCAACCUGCAAAAGGCAUCCGAGACCAUGGACAAGGCACGCACCUUGGAUACCCGCGAUCGUUACAUCAACACCAAGGCCGCCAAGUAUCAGCUGCGUAACAACGAGACGGAGCAGGCGUUGAAGACUGUGGGCCUCUUUACUAGGGCGGACACUGUCGGUGGCCCUCUUGCGGAUCUUCUGGACAUGCAAUGCGUCUGGUUCCUUACUGAGGAUGGUGAGGCCUAUGCCCGCCAGGGUGAUGAUGCCUUGGCCCUCAAGCGCCUCCACACGGUUCACAACAUUUUCGACGUCUGGCAAGAAGACCAGUUCGAUUUCCACAGCUUUUCCCUGAGAAAGGGCCAGAUUCGUGCCUACGUAGAUAUGGUCCGUUGGGAGGAUCACCUUCGGGACCACCCCUUCUACUCAAGAGCCGCUUUGGACGCCGUUGCGAUUUACCUCAGGAGAGCCGACCGCCCCGCGGCGAACGGCGUCAACGGAGACGCAAACGGCGACGAUGCCUCUGAGAGAAAGAAGGCUGCGAAGAAGGCCAAGAAGGAGCAACAGCGCCUGGAGAGAGAGGCGGCUGAUCGCGCGGCGAAGCAAGAUCCUAACAAGGGCAAGCCCGCCAGCGAAGAGCCCAAGAAGAAGGACGAAGACCCUCUCGGCCUGAAGCUUUUGGAGGCCGAGCCCCUCAGCGCGGCGAUGCGAUUCGUCACUCCUCUUCUGCAAUUCAGCCCGCAAAACAUCAACGCCCAAUUCGCCGGUUUCGAUGUCUAUCUGCGCCGAAAGAAGUACGUUCUUGCGCUGCGUUCUCUCAACGCCGCCCGCAAACUCGAUGCGUCGCACCCUGGUGUCCACGAGCGUGCUGUUGAAUUUGCUCACGUUGUGCGCCCGGCACUCGAGAGCUUGCCCGCCAAGGUGCAAGAACUUAUCAAGUCCGAGUUCACUCCUCCUGCCGGUGACUUGAAGAAGUACAACGAGGAGUUCCUCUCGAACAACAAGUCCAAGCCCACUCACAUCGUUGCCGCCCUUAAGACACGAAGAGUGCUUGGAGAGGACAGCGCCAAGGCCGAGACUGACCUUGCAAAUGUCGUCAAGGCUCCCGAUGCCACUUUUGAGCUUGCCACCGAGGUGUAUAACCUCUUGAAGGCGUGGAGGAGCAGUGAGGCGGAGACGCUCAAGAAAGAGGCGCACGCGAGGUGGCCUGAAGUAAGCCUCUUCGCCUAG